AUGGAUUCCAAGAAGGGUAGGUCCAAGAUGCAGAUGGAUACGGGGGCUACAACUACAAGCAAGGAUACGGCAGCUGGGAAAAGACGAAGCAAAAAAAAGGUACCUGUGAUGGCAAAGAAGGCAGCGAAACCGAGCGUGAGGAAGAUAGACAGCACGGCGAAGGAAACGCGUCGCCGGGCGCCAGUAUACAAGCUGACAAUUCCUGUCGGCGAUGAAAAUCGCGACGAGUUCAACGAACUGUGGAUGGGAAUAUGGGGCGAUCUCAUCGUUUCCAUGGACCGAAAAACGACUAUACCCAGCGUGGGCUUCACGGACCUUGUUUCCCCCAGGGCCAGCAUCUGCACCGUCGACACUGUACAGCUCUUUGAAGUCAGAAUCCCAACAAAAGAGGCCUCAGGCUUAGUGUGGCCGCUGCAUGUGUAUGGUUUUAUCGCCACGCGUGAUUCGGUGGACUACAAGCGCAAUAUCAUCUUUGAGCGUGGAAAAGAUAACUGCCAGAUCGUCAGUGAGGGGGUUCCAUACCUAGCACUGACUGGGCCUGCACGUGCUGCUGUGCUGGUUGAUCCUGUCUACUUUGAGGUUGACCUCAAGGUGAGUGGAGCUGGGCAAUCCGAGGAUCAAGAGCUAAUCUACGUAGCCUCUCCGUUCAGGAAUACCCAGCCGCCUGAUUCAUCCCUGUUUACGUCUGUCUACACCAACAAGAUCAGCGCACUCGACUUGACAUUUGGCCACAUUGUUGGGUCAGUAGAGGCCUCAGUCAGUAUGAAAGUCGUCCAUGGGCCGUGGCCAGAUGGUUUCCGAGGCUCUUUUGCUGCAAGAACUGCCAGCAUAAAUGACAUGACAGUUUGGUUGCUUGAGAUCGGUGAUGAUAAUGGGUUGCCUCUUGCUGAUGAUGGCACCAUCAAGCUUCAACGCCAUGUUGUUUGUGCUGAACUUCAAAAACGAGAGUAUCUGGAAGUUUCUGUCAGCGCUUAUGGCGUCGGUGGGCAACGAUUUGAUGACGGUCUGCAUUUUACGCCUCAGGAACGCGGUAAACUUGAAGGUACAGUUAAUGUUGAUUCAUGUGAGAUUGAGGUCACUGUGACCUGGUCCCUAAUCAAAUUUUGCUAG